AUGGAAAACAGAUUGAGAAAUCGAUCGGAACUGUAUUCGCAGUAUAACGAAUUUCUAGCGGAAUACGAGUCCCUCGGACAUAUGACUAGCGUCGACGAGUCGGAAAAAACCGAGUAUUUGCCCGUUUACAUUCCGCACCACCCCGUGAUUCGGGAAGAUAGUUGCACGACUAAAUUACGGGUCGUUUUCAACGCGUCGUGCCGAACUAGGAAUGGCACGUCGUUGAAUGACUUUUUAUUAAUAGGGCCCAAAUUACAGCAAAAUCUACCUGCCGUGUUAUCGCGAUGGCGACGGUGGAGCUUCGUCUGUACGGCCGACAUCGCCAAGAUGUUUCGGCAAAUUCAAAUUCAUGAGCAAGAUUCAGACUACCAAAGAAUUCUUUGGCGUCUUCAAGCGGAAGCGCCCGUUCGACAUUUUCGCUUGUUAACGGUCACUUACGGUCUCGCUCCCGCUCCGUAUCUCGCGAUGCGCGUAUUGAAACAGCUCGCCCUUGACAAGGGAGAAAAGUUCAAGGCCGCGGUUCCUAUCCUAGGAGAGUCUAUUUAUGUAGACGACGCCCUGUUUGGCGCGGAUGAUAUAAAAUCUUUAAAAAAUACUCGCGUUCAAUUGAUGCAGUUAAUGGAAAAGGGGGGAUUUCAAUUAAGGAAAUGGGCAUCAAAUUUGAUCGAACUUCUCAAGGAUUUGUCUGUUGACCAAUCGGAAGUAACCGAUCAUCUAAUCCUGACGGAAGAUUCACUUAAAGUUCUCGGCCUGUCAUGGAUGCCUAACGAAGACUUGUUUCGCUUGGUCGUGAACUCGACCACCCCCAGCGUUCCUACCAAACGCUCAAUUCUUUCAUUUAUCGCGAGGCUUUACGACCCUCUCGGAUGGGCCGCUCCCGUCGUGAUCGUGGCAAAAAUAAUACUUCAAGAGCUGUGGUUGUUACAUUGCGAAUGGGACUCUCUCAUCUCCGAUGAGUUAAAGUCCCGUUGGAAUUAUUUUGUAUCAGAAUUUCACAAAUUAGAAAUGAUCAAAAUUCCACGGUGGACUGGUCAAGGUCCACAAACUCUCGCGCUAGAGAUACACGGUUUCGCUGACGCGUCAAAUCGAGCUUAUGCCGCCGUCGUAUAUCUUCGCGUCUAUCAUUCGCUUUCAGACUUCGCAAUAAAUUUAAUCGCAGCAAAAACAAAGGUCGCGCCCGUGAAAACCGUGAGCAUCCCGCGUCUAGAGUUAAACGCGGUAGUGUUAUUGAGUCGCCUCGUAAAGUGGACUGUUAAUUCGUUGCAGUUAGUUGGAACUCCGAUCCAUUGUUGGACGGAUUCCACGAUAGCUCUGGCGUGGUUGCGCCAGCACCCAUCAAAGUGGAACACAUACGUGGCCAACCGCGUGGCUGAAAUACAGAACAAUUUGCCAUCUACUCGGUGGAGUCACGUACCAUCGGCAGAGAACCCGGCGGAUUGUGCGUCGCGCGGGCUAUCCGCGUCUGAGUUAGUGUCACAUUCGCUAUGGUGGACGGGACCACCAUGGCUUCGGCAACCUUCAACGGCUUGGCCGAUUCAGGAUAUGACGAAUACUAGACUCACUAAUGAACUACAGCAAGUUUCAGCUGAACUGCGAAAAACCAAAGUUCUUCACAUUGAAGGUGAAGAAGAGUGGGAUCUACUUUACAAAUUUUCAAGUUGGACGAAGCUCGUCCGAGUGACGGCUUACGUCCACAGGUUUCUCGCCUUACUGCGGAAGGAAAAGGUUCGUAAAUUUAACAAAAAUUCGACACUGAGCGUCGACGAGCUUAAACGGGCCGAGCAAUUCUGGCUGUCUUAUGUCCAGCGGAGAGCUUUCAAGGUCGAAUUCAAAACUUUGCAAAAGACUGCCACGAUUUCAAAAAGGAGUUCCUUCCGAACUUUUGCUUCAUUCUUAGGAGAAGAUUCGGUACUCCGGCUUGGCGGGCGGUUGCGACACUCCGCUCUUAGCUACGAUGAGCAACAUCCCGUAAUCGUGCCGCGCGGACAACUCGCUUACUUUCUAAUCGCUCAAGCUCAUAAGAGUACACUCCACGGUGGAGUUCAAAUCGUGCUGCGCACCCUUCGUCAGAAUUAUUGGUUAAUGGGAGGGCGAAACUCCGUCAAGGGAUAUAUAAGACAAUGCAUCCCGUGCGUACGACACUCGGCUAAACUUUCGAGCCAAUUCAUGGGAGACCUCCCGUCUCCACGCGUCAAUCCGUCUUCUCCAUUUGCUCAUACGGGGGUGGAUUAUACUGGUCCUUUCUUAGUCACGCCGUUCGUUGGCAGAGGCCAAAAAACCAGAAAAAAUUAUAUAGCUUUGUUCAUCUGCCUCGUCACGAAAGCAAUCCACGUAGAGCUAGUCGAAGACUACUCUAGCGCUGGGUUCCUCGCCUCCUUUCGGCGAUUUGUGAGCCGAAGGGGCUUGCCGUCCAAGCUAUAUAGCGAUAAUGGAACGAACUUCCACGGGGCUGACAAGGAAUUGAACGACGCGUUCAGCGCCUUGAUGAAGGAUUCGUCACUGCACGACAUCCUUGCAAAUGACAAAAUUGAAUGGAACUUCAUUCCGUCUGCGGCUCCUCACUUCGGUGGGCUAUGGGAGGCGGGAAUCAAAAGUCUCAAGUCGCACUUAAAACGAGUCGCCGGUUCACGAACUCUGUCACAGGCCGAAUUCGCGACGUUAUUAUGCCAAAUCGAGGCGUGCUUAAAUUCUCGUCCGAUCGCGGCAUUAAGCGACGAUCCGAGUGACCUAUCGGCACUCACUCCGGGUCAUUUCCUGAUCGGGCGCCCCAUAAUUGCGAUACCGGAGGAGUCAGUGCUCGAAAGUAAUGCGAAUCGACUCUCGCGAUGGCAGAUGGUCCAUUCUUUAGUCGAACAGAUUUGGCGCUCGUGGUCGCAAGACUACUUGCACUCCCUGCAGCAGCGGCGUAAGUGGUCGGAAAAAACGUCUUGUUUUCGCAUAGGAGAACUCGCCUUGUUGAAGAAUCCCUUGCUCCCUCCGAGCAAGUGGAACCUAGCGCGAGUCACGCAGAUUCAUCCCGGCUCAGAUGGACUCGUGCGAGUAGUUACGGUGAGAACUGCGAGCUCGAUCCUGAAACGACCAAUUACGCUACUGUGCCGGCUGCCAAUCAAUAGCAAUAUUUGA